GAAUUAUCUCUUCACUAGUGAGGAAUUUCUGUUUAUUGUGUUCAGAAGAGAUGAUUCAUUUGGCUUUUACAUUUGGCCUCCUAGGCAACAUUGUCUCCUUCAUGGUCUUCCUUGCACCAGUGCCAACGUUUUACAAAAUUUACAAGAAGAAAUCAACGGAAGGUUUCCAAUCAGUUCCUUACGUGAUUGGUUUAUUCAGUGCCAUGCUUUGGAUUUACUAUGCAUUUCUCAAACCUGAUACCACUCUUCUCAUUACCAUUAACUCUGUUGGCUGUUGCAUUCAAUCUUUCUACAUUUGCUUCUUCCUAUUUUAUGCCACAAAGAAAGCUAAGAUGGACACAGUGAAGCUGCUUCUUCUGCUGAAUUUCUUUGGACUGGGAUUAAUCAUUUUGUUAACUCAAUUUCUUGCAAAAGGUUCCAACCGUGCUCAGAUAGUUGGAUGGAUUUGCCUUAUUUUUUCCUUGUGUGUGUUCGUUGCACCUUUGGGUAUUGUUCGACAAGUUAUAAAGACCAAAAGUGUGGAGUACAUGCCAUUUCUCCUAUCAUUUUUCUUGACAUUAAGUGCCGUUAUGUGGUUUUUCUAUGGUCUACUACGCAAAGAUUACAAUAUUGCUAUUCCAAACGUGCUGGGAUUCACCCUUGGAGUGCUCCAAAUGGUGCUUUACGUGAUUUACAAGAACGCGAAGAAGGUCACAAAAGAAGUAAAAAUAGCAGAAAAAGAAAAUACAGUAACAAUUGUGGAAGAGCAUAAGAUUUCUGAGGACAAAUUAAAAGAGCAGAUUAUUGAUGUUGUGAAGUUGAGUGCAAUGGUGUGUUCAGAAAUAAUUCCAAUAGUUCCUGAGCUGAACGAAAUUAAUAUGCCUCAACUCAGUGGGAUUAUUAAUGGAGAGAAGAUAAAGCCAAAGGAAACCAUAGAGGCCUCUGUUGAAGUCUGAACCUGCAGCUAAUUAAUAUGAUAAUGGCUUGGUUAAUUAAGUGAUAUUAUUAUCUAACUAAUGUUAUUGAUCAUGUUAUGUAUUCCAGAUAUUAUUUCAUAGCUAGGUCCUCACUAAGUGUAAUUUAGGCAGGGCAAAAGCUCUGAUUGUGUGUGCCUAAGUUAAUUAAUUAUGUCUUUUAUCUUUUGAUUCUAUUCGAUUUGUAGCUAAAAUAUUAUCUAUUAAUGAAUCUUUCAGUUCCAACA